AUGAAGCGAUCAACGCGCACCAAUUUGCCCUUGGCAGUACUGUUCAUCGCUGCAGCCAAGGCGCAGACAAGUACAGUUAUCAAUGAUCCGGCGGACACUGGUGCUACUACUGUAUACUAUUCCGUCUGCCCGACUGCUUUGACCACCACCACCACCUUGUCAAGCACCAUCACUUUCUGCCCGGGUCCCAACUGCAACGGAGGUGGUCCUGUGAUCACGCCUCCUCCCACCAGCCCAAGGGGUACCGAGAUCCUUAGCUACACCACUACCCUUCCAAAUGGGGACGUGGAGGAAAUCCACGAGUACCUCACCGUCUACCACCAAAUUUGUAGCAACGGUCAGUCUAUCGGACAAGCCACCUACACCAUCACGGAGGCUUGUCCCUGUGAAGCCACCACGAACCCUACCUCCAUUCCCGAAGGCUUUACUACUACCGUUGUGUCCUGCGAUGUUUGCCACAAUGGUGGAGCGACCACAAUGACUAUUACUACACCAUGUUCAACCGGCCCGUAUGCCACCCAGACCCCAGUGAUUGGACCAACCGGCGGUGCCAAUGCUCAAGCACAAGCAGCAGCAAGUGCCGAAGCUAAUGUGGAAGCUGCGGCCGGAUCCGGUGCUGGUGCUGGCUCAUCCAGCGAAAGUUCGGGCAGCAGUGGCUCCUCCGGCAGCUCGGAUACUGGCUCCGGAAGUGCAAACGCCAACGCCAAUGCCAACUCUGAGGCUUCCUCCGGCAACAGUGCUGGCGGUGCCAAUUCCGCAUCGAGUGCAAACUCUGCUGCUAGCGCCAGCAGUGGCGGUUCCGGUGCUGCUGUAAACGCUAAUGCAAACGCAGCAGCCAAUGCUGCCGCCAGUGCCGAAGCUGGAAUCAACAGCGGUAACAAGUAUACCAAUGGUACUGGCAGCAAUGGCACCAUUUCACCGCCCAUCACGCCUGUGGCCCCCGGCAGUGCCUCCCAGUUCACAGGUUCUGCGGAUAAAAUGGGUCAUGCUAUUUCUUCCGUGUUUGCUUUUGCCAUGGGAUGCUUAGCGUUCAUGCUAUGA